CAACACAAGGGAACCCCUGAAGCUCCCCGGAUGAGCCGUGGUGUCAAGGUGAGAGAGCGGCCUAGGGGUCGCAGCACACACAGCAGGGACAAACUGAAAGAAGCCAGGGAAACUGUGGUCGCUCUCUGUGGGUCUGUGUGCAGGCAUGCCUUCCCUCUCCGGGUAAGUCAGUACCUCUUUCCAGCCCUGGUCCUGCUUCCGUCCGUUUGCCAAAAGAGGAGGUUUAGGGCAAAAUGCUGUUUGGUUGCAUCGCGGGCUGGGAGAACCGAGAAGGGAAGUUGACCCAGGGGAAGAGCAGAGGACCGACGGGCAGCUCUGCCCGCAGCGGGGUCCCAGGGGCUCUGCGGCAGGGAGCGGGGCCGUCGGCCGAGUCGGACCGGGCCCGUUGCCCCUCUGCGGAAGCUGUACCGGGGUCUUGGCCCCUCACAGAACCCGGGAAGAGACAGGGACCCACAGGCAGAGGGGAGAGACGGGUCUUUUUCCCGGAGCAGAUGACAGCGCUCUUCCAGAAGGCUCGUCUCUUUAUUUUCCGCCCCUGAGUUUUAUCUCUCCUCCACUAUUUCGGUCGCCCUCUCCGCGCUCCCACUUCAAAUACAGCCGGGAAGCCACGGCGCUGCCCGCUCUGCCCCAUGCUCGGAGGUGCCCGAUUCUAGCGGUCUCUGCCAGGCCGGCAGGGGAGAAGUGCGGUCCCCUCGCAGGGAGCCGCAAAUGUGCAUCUCUCCACUUAUUAACGGAUGGCAAUUUGUAGCUUUCCCUCCCAGGCGUUCCCCGCCUGAAUCUGAGCUGUUGUUAGAAAGACACACCACCUGCUCUGUGCUGCCAGAGAGCGGGGAAGGAAGCACAAAGGCGGGGGAUGAGAAUAAAUGGUUUUGGCUGCAAACAUAAAAGAGAAUUUAAAAUAAAUAAGCUCGGUUCCCAGGAAGUGCCGGACUCGGGCGUCUUCAGGGAGGACGAACUGAAGUCAGUAGGCAUAGAGUGGGGGUAGAGAGGGUCUGCACACCCUCCCGUCUCCCGCUAUGCCAGGCUGGGGGCUGCAGGGGCGCGGAUCCUCCCGGGUUUCUCUUUAAGACGAGCUCAAGGACUGAUGAGUAUGUACGAAGGCAGUGCUUCGUUUCCCCGCUGUUUCCACCCCUGAAGAUGGCUUUCUCCGACCUCAGUCCUCCAGCCUGACAGAACAAGGCUGUGCCGUUCUCCCUCCCCAGCUCAGAAAUGUGAGGCUCUCUCUGAAAGCCAGAACCCUGGGCUCUCGGCGAUGAAAGCGCGGUGUGUGCGAGAGCGGGACAAAAUUGGGAUGUGCCUGAAUGCUUCCCCUGGGGUAAUUUCCCCUUCCUCCCUUUCGCUGCAAGCCGUGUCCUCUGCGGCGGGGAAAGCCCGAGCGACGUGGACUGCCCCCCGGCUGCUCAGGGGUAGCCGGCCCCCAGAGCAGGCACUAAGCGGCCCUCUGGCCCUUGCUCAGCAGCACGGAAGGUGUAAAGACACCCUCAUAACCUCCCGCCCCGGCCCCCAGCACCACUCAAAGCCGAGUGUGAAUCGAAGGAGCCUGAGGGAGAAACCUAGGAGAGGAAAGACGAGAAAGGGGUUGGGGUAAGGAUGUACGUGUGUGUGGCAGGGGAGGCCAGAUCACUUGUGAAUGGCUUGAAAAAAAUAAUUGGGGGAGGGCGUGGAGGGGGGGAAGCGGAAACUUUCCUAUAAAACUCAGCAAAAGUCCCUCCUCUCCACGUCAGGCCAAUGACACUGCUGCCCCCAAACUUUCCGCCAGCAGGAGCUAUAAGAACCUCCAAGUCUUCAACUUUCUCCCAAUCCCAGACACCUCGAAGGGGCUCCAAGGAGGGAUCGGGAGGGAUUUUUUUUUUGGUUGGCGUUUUUCAUUUUUUCCUCUUGGAUCCUGAUGCCAUCCCCCCUCCCCCCAAAGUGAGGUCCUCCCUCCCUCCCUCCCUCCCUCCUCCUCCUCCUUCUCCUCGCAGGCCAGCGAAGCAGCCGAUCAAGGGGGAGCUGGCGGGUUAGGUGCCCCCCUCUUCUCCCUGCCCUCCCCCCCCUCCCGGCCCGCUUCUCGCGUCUCCCCCCAGAGAUGAUGCAGCAGGACGAGUCAAACUCGCCAGUCUCCCCCGCCGACGACAGCUUGAGCAACAGCGAAGAGGAGCCGGACCGGCAGCAGCUGCCCAACAACAAGAGAGGGGGGCGCAAGCGGCGCUCCAGUCGCCGCAGCGCCGGCGGCGCCGUCGGGGCCGCGGACGAGCCCUGCAGCCCGGCCCAAGGCAAGCGGGGCAAGAAGUGCGGGGCGGGCGGGGGCGGCGGGGGCGGCGGCAGCAGCAGUGGUGGCGGCAGUCCCCAGUCCUACGAGGAGCUGCAGACCCAGCGGGUCAUGGCCAACGUGAGGGAGCGGCAGCGCACGCAGUCGCUGAACGAAGCCUUCGCCGCCCUGCGGAAGAUCAUCCCCACGCUGCCUUCGGACAAGCUGAGCAAGAUCCAGACCCUCAAGCUGGCGGCCAGGUACAUCGACUUCCUCUACCAGGUCUUACAGAGCGACGAGCUGGACUCCAAGAUGGCAAGCUGCAGCUAUGUGGCCCACGAGCGACUCAGCUACGCCUUCUCGGUCUGGAGAAUGGAGGGCGCCUGGUCCAUGUCCGCAUCCCACUAGCAGGCGGUGUCCCCCACCCGCAUCCCCCCAGCAGGAGCCCUAGAUGACAUUAUUCCCACAGAAGGAGAAAAUGGACAAUCUAGAGACUCUGAAGUUGGAUACGAUUGGUUUUGGUCAUGUCUAAAAAAUAUGUACCAAGGAUUUCUUGGAAAUUAGAAGAGCAAUAUCCAAAUUCAAAGCAGGGCGUGGGGAGCACUUAAGGAAAGAGAAAGAGACAAGGGCUUUGGACAGUGACUACCCUUUGGGCGUCGGUACAAUCCACACAUCUCUGCAUUCUGAUAGAAGUCUGAAUCGUUUGAUUUUUUUUUUUAUUUUUGACGAAGAAUGUUGGAAUUUAACUUUUUUUUUUUUAAUUGCCUUUUUUUUUUUUUUUUUUUUUUGCAUGCAUUCCCAAGAGAUCGUGCGUAUGAGCCACUGACAAAAGGAAAUACAUUAUUGUGGACUUUCUUCAUUCUUGAAUGAAACCAACCAAUCAGCCAAGAAGUAUCCCUGUAGAGACGAAAAUCUUUUUCUUUUUUUUUUUUUUUUUUUUUUUUUUUAGGGGGGAAUAAGCUGGGCUCAAGCUGUUAUGUACCCGGUUCCUAACUUUUUUAUUAUUAUUAUUUUUCCUCUGAGAAAAAAAAAAUAAACAUUUUAUUUAUUUAUUGAUGACCCAUGUUAAAAUGCAAAUAGAUCCGGUGUCUAAAUGCAUUCCUAUUUUUAUGAUUGUUUUGUAAAUAUCAUUGUAUAUUAUUUUUCUGCAAUAAAUAAAUAUGAUUGAAAUUUUAAAAA